GGGGACAUGGAUGGUAUGUUCAGAAGGAGAAGAGCAUAUUGAAAUGUUUUAUACGGUACAGAGGGCAGGGGUGUUCAGAGUGGGGGUUGCUAUGUGAGGACUGGGGUACCAGGUUGGUGGGUAGGUUUGCAGUCGGUGAAAGACACAUGUGAACGUGUGCAGACAUAUGCUGUUUGUGAAACAGUUAUAGAAGGUGGUAAUCUCAAGCCCUCACCUUUUCUGGGAGAACGGUGCCCAGUCAAUCAUCUGACAGCUUCUAUUGUACCCACAAGGAACUGCAGAUAGCUUCCAGGCCUAAAAGCUCUCAAAAUGGAUGUGCUGUAACCUUCCACGUGAAAGUAGCUUCCUACUACUACUUUACUUCUGACCCAAAAUAUGCAUUAUUUUCUGGGGAGAAGUUCAGUUUUGUCAUUUCCGAAAAUUCGUAGUAUAUUUUUGCGGUUUCAUUAUACAACAACCUCACUACCAUGCAGCUGUAGUAAAACAGUUACUGAUGAAAAAUUCAAGGAUCCUUUUAAACUUGGUCGGAAAGACUUGAAGAAUCUGUAUGAGGAUAUUAAAAAGGAAUUACUUGUAUCUACAGCAGAACUUAGAGAAAUGUGUGACUAUUACUUUGAUGGAAAAGGAAAAGCCUUUCGACCAAUGAUUGUGGUGCUAAUGGCAAGGGCGUGCAAUAUUCACCAUAAUAACUCCGGGGAGGUGCAAGCAAGCCAACGUUCUGUGGCAAUAAUUGCAGAGAUGAUCCAUACUGCUAGUCUAGUUCAUGAUGAUGUCAUUGAUGAUGCAAAUUCUCGGAGAGGAAAAAUGACUGCUAAUCAAAUCUGGGGGGAGAGAAAGGCUGUUUUAGCUGGUGAUUUUAUCCUUUCAGCAGCUUCUGUUGCUUUAGCAAGAAUUGGAAACACUACUAUUAUAUCGGUAUUAAGUCAGGUGAUUGAAGAUUUGGUGCGUGGUGAAUUCCUUCAGUUGGGCUCCAAAGAAAAUGAAAAUGAGAGAUUUGCUCACUAUCUUGAGAAGACCUUUAAGAAGACUGCAAGUCUUAUCGCAAACAGUUGUAAAGCAGUUUCCAUACUAGGCUGCCCUGAUCCAAAAGUUCAUGAGAUUGCAUACCAGUAUGGAAAAAAUGUUGGCAUAGCUUUUCAGCUAAUAGAUGAUGUGCUAGAUUUUACAUCAUGUGCUGACCAGCUGGGGAAACCAGCAGCAGCGGAUCUCAAACUUGGAUUAGCCACAGGCCCUGUUUUAUUUGCUUGUCAACAGUUUCCAGAAAUGAAUGCUAUGAUCAUGAGGAGAUUCAGUUUGCCAGGUGAUAUUGAACGUGCUCAGCAAUAUGUACUUCAGAGUGAUGGUGUACAGCAAACAACCUACCUCGCCCAACGUUACUGCCAUGAAGCAAUGAAAGAGAUUAGUAAACUGCGACCAUCCCCUGAACGAGAUGCCCUCAUUCAGCUCACAGAAACUGUACUCACCCGGGACAAGUGAGACACCUUCUUCCAUUCAUACUGGCAGCUACUUACCAGACUGUGCCUACAAAAACAUCUUGGUUUGCUUCCAGUGCUGGUUACCAAAAAUUAUUUUUUUAAUAUUUUCUGAAAUUAAUAUACUUUAUGAAGAUGUUUGAGGGAAGCCAUACAACUAUGAAACAAUCAGUUAAAUUCUGUCUAAAUGUGUUUUAAUAGGGGCGUUUAUGUUGGGGAAAGUAUUGUUUACACUUAAUUGAUGUAUAAGGCCACAAUGAGAAUAAAUCAGUUAAAAUUA